GCCAUGGCGGGAAGCGAGCCGCGCCGCGGAGGCAGCUCACCGCCGACGCCCCACAGCGACUGGAGUCGCCUGGAGGCGGCCAUCCUCAGUGGCUGGAGAGCCUUCUGGCAGUCGGUGGGCAAGGAGAGGGCAGCGCCGGUGGCCUCCUCGGAGGAGGCGGAUGAGGAGGCUAGUACCCUGACGCGGCUGCCGAUUGAUGUACAGCUAUAUAUUUUGUCAUUUCUUUCACCCCACGAUCUGUGUCAGUUGGGAAGUACAAAUCAUUAUUGGAAUGACACUGUCCGAGAUCCAAUUCUUUGGAGAUAUUUUCUGUUGCGGGAUCUUCCUUCUUGGUCUUCUGUUGACUGGAAGUCUCUUCCGGAUCUAGAAAUCUUAAAAAAGCCUGUAUCUGAAGUCACUGAUGGUGCAUUUUUUGACUAUAUGGCAGUCUAUAAAAUGUGUUGUCCACAUACAAGAAGAUCCUUGAAAUCCAGCCGUCCUAUGUAUGGAGCUGUCACCUCUUUUUUGCACUCACUGAUCAUUCAGAAUGAACCACGAUUUGCUAUGUUUGGACCAGGUUUGGAAGAAUUGAAUACAUCUUUGGUGUUGAGUUUGAUGUCAUCUGAGGAACUUUGCCCAACAGCUGGUUUGCCUCAGAGGCAGAUUGAUGGUAUUGGAUCAGGAGUCAGUUUUCAGCUGAGCAACCAACAUAAAUUCAACAUCCUAAUACUAUAUUCAACUACUAGAAAGGAAAGAGAUAGAGCAAGGGAAGAGCAUACAAGUGCAGUUAACAAGAUGUUCAGUCUACAGAAUGAAGGCAGUGAUCAACAAGGAAGCCGAUACAGUGUGAUUCCACAGAUUCAGAAGGUGUGUGAAGUUGUAGAUGGGUUCAUCUAUGUUGCAAAUGCUGAAGCUCAUAAAAGACAUGAAUGGCAAGAUGAAUUUUCUCAUCUUAUGGCAAUGACAGAUCCGGCUUUUGGAUCUUUGGGAAGACCAGUGCUGGUUUUAUCUUGUAUUUCUCAAGCAGAUGUAAAAAGAAUGCCCUGUUUUUAUUUGGCCCAUGAACUGCGUCUGAAUCUUCUAAACCACCCAUGGAUGGUCCAGGAUACAGAUGCUGAAACUCUAGCUGGUUUUUUGAAUGGAAUUCAGUGGAUUCUUGAAGAAGUGGAAUCGAAGCAUUCAAGGUGAUCCUCCUUUUGGACCUUGGAAACGGAAACCAUUUGAAGUUGUUUACUAAGGUCGUGAUGUGGAUGGCUAUUUGCUCAGGUCAGCUCACUUUGUUCUGACUUUGUGCAAGUGGGCUUUAUGUUGGACAGCCAUAGCUGCUGCGUUUCCUAUUUUAUUUCUACUUUUUACCUUAAAUCAAUUACAGGAAAAGAAUUUCAGUGCUAGCAUUUCAUCCCAAAAUUAACCUUUUAAAUUUUUUUGAUAAUUUUUAUAUUUUCUGUCUUUUUUAAAAUAUUAAAUUCUAGAAAAAAACUGUGUUGUGCUUCUUUCGUUCCAUGUGAUUUUUCUUCCUUUUUAUUUCUCAAAGAUUGCCCUAGUGAGGAAUAGCACAUUUGCUAAGCCUUGCAUAGGGUUUUCUAAGGGUCUACAACUGAUUAUUAAGAAGGAGAUUUUUUAUCUAUUCUUAAUAAAUAACUGUGUAAAGACUGGAAUAUUAACUGGAGUUGCAUUUAAUGCAGUGACCAUACAACCUCUUUUUUCUGAAAUAGUAGGAAUCAAGCUUAUAUCAAAUUUAAUAUUAACUCAGUUAAAAUAACUUUCUGGCAGUUCCCGCUGUUUUCAAAUACGUUUGUAAGCUCAUAAGGUACUAAAGCCAAAUGCUAUUCCAUACUCAUAGAGAAAACAUUCCAGAGACUUACAUGUAUCCUGACCUCCCCUCAGCAAAUUGCCUGCACUCUGCAGUGGGCUUCAACGCUUCAUGACAAGCUGUUGCCUACACUGAUGUCAUUUCUCUUGGGACUCUCACAUCCCAUGCCAGGGGCUCUUCCUCAUGGAAGUCCACCUUGGUCUGUUCCAUCUAAUGGAUUUAGAAUUGAAUUGUUCAGAAAGGGAAGAGAAGGGGAGAGGAAGAGGAUGAGGAAGAGCCUGUUUAAAAUUUUUGAAUCUAUGCUCGUAAGGGAUAUUGGUCCAUAAUCUUUUCUUAUAAUAUCCUUGUCAGGUUUUGUUAUGAAGAUUAUGCUGACCUCAUAAAAUGAAUUUGAAAGUAUUCCUUUUCCUAUAUUCUUGAAAGAGUUGUGUAAGGUUAGUAUUAACUCUUUCUAAUCAGUGAAAGAAUCUGGAUCUAUACUUUUCUUUGUGGGGAAUUUUUUAACACAAUUUUAAUUUCUCUAACAGAUACAAUUAUUCAAGUUCUCUGUUUUCCUCUUCUGACAGUUGUGUCUUUCAAAGAAUUUUCCAUCAUAUCCUUCUUUUAUAGAUGUUCUGUGGAUUAAAUGAGUUGAUAAAGUGGUUCGGACAGUCCCUGACACGGAAAGCCUUCCAUAGCUCAUAACUAGUCAACAAUGAAUACUCUUAUCUGACUCCUUAUGUUAUUUAUUUCCUUUUCCAGCACUGCGAGCCAUCCAGAUAUUACUGUUUAAAUGAGAACCUUUCUCAGCCCUUAUUAAGUGACCUAAUACAUCCAGUAUUUAUAUGCAAUUGUGAUUGUUACCAGGGUGAUGAGUUGCAGUAUCAAAAUUUUUAGUAAAUCAUUCUUAAAUAAAUCAGACAAAAGAAUGAGACUAGAUAAGCAUUGUAAGUUUUCGCCAUUUGCAGAAUAUUCCAUAUUUACCAAUAAUAGGAAAUGUGAAAGUAAUUCAUUAUUUAGAGCAUGUCUACUAUGUGCCAGGUCUUGUGCCAGGUUCUGGGAAUACAGAAACAAAUAGCAAUUUAGAGCCAUUGGUAAAAAUUGUUUUUCAAGCAGUUUUCUCUUAACUGUUUCAGUUAAGAUUAUGGCUGGACUCACGAGCUAUUUUGAAGUGGUACAUAGCUGGUGAACUAAAAAUGUAGCAUACAGCCAAACAGAUACUUCAUCUAAUAGGAAUCCAAAGAAGAAAGGGUCAUAGUUCCAAUUAACUAAAGAAGAAAGAAACUUUAUUUGAAAAAAAACAAGGGUGAUAAGAAUAUGGGAAGACCUGAUACUUUUUAGAAAUAAUUUGUUACACUUGUCAAGAGCUUUCAAAACAUUAUUUUAAAAAGUUAUUUUAAUUAGUAGUUUUAAUUCUAAGAAAUUAUCUUUAGGAAACAGUCCUGUGCACAAAAGCUUAAGGGCACUAAGCUGUAACUUGCAUAUAGCUAGAACUUGAAAUAGCUAAAAAAGUACUUAGUACAGCAUAAUUUAUAGUAGUGAAGCUCUAGAGAAUGUAUGAUAGAUCAAACUGGCUAAGAAAGUUUCACUACAGCUAUAUAAAGAAAUGCCAUGUAAGCUUUAUGAAGGUGAUCAUUUUUGUUUAUUUUGUUCCCUGCCUGGCACAUAGUACUUGAUAAGUACUCCUUGAGUGAAUGAUGGUUGAAUGAAUAAAUGUGGCCAUUAAAAUAAUGUUUUUGGAUAACCAUUGAAUCCAUAAAGAUGUUAAGAAUAUGUUUUUUAAGUAAAAACUGUAUUUUUACACAAAUAACAU